AUGUCGACGCCAAGCUCCGUUCGUGACGCACGAGAACACAAACUUCUUCCACGAAGCAACGAGAUACAACUGGCAAAUGAAAUGUUGCAGAACCUCCACGAGGAAUCCGAGUGGCCUCUUCUGAGCUGUCAGCUCGACAAACCAAUAUCAGACAGCGACAAUGCGCAUAAACAUCAGAGUUACAUCAUAACUCUGUGGCCUGAUGGAGUCGAUGGCGUAAUUGACUCGCUGCAACAGCAAAUUUAUAAUUUAUUGUCGUAUGAAAAUUCAUUCAAUCACAGAGCAAGAUUUCUCCUUGUAGUAAUGGACUACGGCGUUAAGGUGCCAGAGCUAGACGCCUUGAAAAUGUUUGAGAUGUUGUGGAACCCCUACAAAAUCAUCAACGUACUGAUUUUAUUGCCAGAUAUCAACACAGCCCACAAAACCAGUUCAAAUCGCGCGUACGAUACACUUAAUUUAUAUACAUGUUUCCCUUACGACUCGGAGCAAUGUGGUGAAGCCAGAAAAGUCGAUCUGCUUGACCAGUGCCUCCUGGAUGUUGACGGAAGACUUCACAGUAACGCAAACUUAUUCCCCGUCAAAGUUCCCAGGAAUCUCCACGGCUGUCCUCUGGUCGUUGCUCCGAUCGAACGAAUUCCUUUCGUAAGACAGACAACGAAUCACACGGACUCCGAAGGCGACGUCACGUACGUGUUUGAAGGUCUAGAAGUCGAGUACGUUCUAAACUUGGCCGAAGCGAUGAAUUUUACACCGGUGUUCCUUCAACGACGAGUUGGAGAUUUCGUUCAGGUACGACUGGAGAUAUUCAUGGAGUUAUCACAGGGAUUUGUGGAUAUCACCGUGGGAACACAUCCACUGCACCUCCUCCUCGCUAGAGCGGCCGACCCAGUGAGGCCCUACUACGAACUGACCAUGAGAUGGUGGGUUCCGUGCGCCACGCCUGCUCCUAGAAUGGAGAAGAUCAUGGCAGUUUUCACACCUUCCGUCUGGGUCUCCAUUCUUGCAGUAUUCAUACUGACAGCCGUCGUAUUUUGGAGGACAGCCGUGGGACCGCGAUCCGUUUCCCGAACAGAUUCCAAAAUUUUCAAAACCUUUCACUACACCUUUUACAACGUGUGGGCUAUUUUCUUAGGGGUAUCAGUGCCAAAACAGCCUAAAACUAUUCGUCUCAGAGGAAUAUUUUUAAUUUACGCCUGGUACUCGUUUGCCAUGAGCACCGUACUUCAAGUUUUUUUAAUAUCUUUUCUGGUCAAUCCGGGAUACAACAAACGAGUAGAUAAUUUUGAGGAACUCGUAAAUUCUGAUCUAAAACUCGCGACAGACACAAAAAUGAUGAGUUUCGCGAAUUCCUCAGGUUACUGGGAAUAUCUUAGAGUAGGCCUGUCCACUGACAGUUGCUCCGACAUAGACGAAUGUCUGAUCCAACUGGUGAGGUACAAGAACAUUACGACGGUGUCGUCUGGCUUUCAGUUUGAGUACGUACUCGCUAAAAUUGGCAGAACUAAAGACAAGCAAAGAUUCUUAUGUACCAUCCCUGAGAUCGUUGUUACGUCAAGAUUUUCUAUGUACGUGUCAAAAGGAAAUCCACUUCUGGAUCGCUUUAAUUUAUGGAUUCAGCGCGUUACAGAAUCGGGGCUUGUUAAGAAAUACUGGUCUGAAUUUAUAUGGAACGUGACAGUAGAGGGCCUGAGGGCACCCGGAUGGGACCACAGUGACGACACUGAGAGUGAUGACAGCAUGUUCUUCGUCUUCACACUUUCUCACCUGAGUGUAGCUUUCUGCCAGCUUCUCAUUUGUUACCUAUUUUCUUUCGCUGUAUUUGUAGCUGAGUGUAGACUUUAAGGGGUUUGCAGUCUAUAAACAAGUAGACCACUGGAAAGGGCGCAUAUAUUUCUCCAGACGCUUGCUUCAUACUUCACAGUCUUUAACAUUAGCUCAUUUAAUGUCCACAUAAAUAAUACAGAAUGAGCCAAUCGCAUUGCACAGCCUGCUAAUGACUUUGAAGUUCAUCUCAAUACAGUAAUAAGCUUAUUAAAGAAUUCGGGUCGUACCUCAAAGAAAACACUACUCGCGGUCGACCGAAGUCGUUCAUUGGUCUUAACCACGUUCCUUAAGUUAACAGCUGUCCUGAUUGGUUCGACGAGAAUCAAGCCUGGUUAUAUAUCUGGUAUUUCUUCUCGGGGCGAUAAAAAGCGUGUAAGGAUUAGGAGCAGGACGUGUGGCAUGGUAUCAGGACCUGGAAGGACAUUACGUGACGAAUUUCAACUUCAUAGCCCAGUCACGUCGAAACCCCUAUCUGGUAGGCAACUCUCACGAUCUUUUAUGGCAAAAACUGACAAUGACAGAUGCAAAAUGGACCGCGAAACUUUAACCUAACUGCAGAUUUAUCAGAAUAAACAACACGAAAUUAAUCAAUAAGAAUGAAAAUUAAAUUCGACCCACUACCACCACUAUUGUAAAACAAAAAACCCUCAGACAGGCCCACCGAAUUUAAUCGAAAUUCGUUCAGUAGUUUCGUAUACACUGUCAGAUGUUCAUACUCAAAUAUCCAAUUAUAUUCAUAAAAAAAACCAGCCUACACAAUUUAAGUUACGUUAGUGUUUAUCUGAAGGAUAUAAAUAUAGAACGUAAAUGAUUACAUUAAAAUGACCACGUUUCACGCUACUUUCACGUUUGUGUGCAUGCUCGACGCGCGUCAGAAGACCGCCCCUCGUCUCUGAUUUGCGUGUCCUUCCGAGUGGCAGCCACGUCAUGCAAUAUCUUCGUUACCGUAUCUGAUUCGGUCCGCAGUUACAGAACGGUGAAAUGUGGCAUCCGCCAGUACGUCACAAAACCUAUCUACAGCGAACUACAGAUUAGCAAACAGACAUUCAUAAAUCAACGUUUUCUAUCACAACAUCGGGCCUAACACGAAAGGAAGAUAAUCUCACUGUCUUGGGGGCUGGCACGUGCUUCGAUCCGUACCCAUCAAUCACAAAUAUGGAGGCGAAAUGUAAACAGAUGUUGUCAUCAGAUUUCUUCCACUGAAUCUUUAUGUGAUGGGUGUUGGUGAUCCAACACACGCCUGAUAUUAACACUUCUCUGAGAUGGAAUGUUCCCUGUGCCAGACCUCUUCUGAGAACGGGGCAAAUUCUGUCAGUAUUUGCUCCACCUAUUUGGCUGACCAUCGUUACAGUAUUCAUUGUAACAACCGCUAUAUUUUGGCUCACAGGAAAUUCUUCAAUCGUAUACAAGAAUUCAACUAUUUAAAAACUCUUUCUCAUUGUUUCUAUAACGUGUGGGCUGUUCUAACAGAUGUUUCUGUUACCAUGAUGCUGAAAAGCCGUUGUCUCCGGAUGUUAUUCUUUGUAUUUGUUUGCUACUGUUUUGUAAUGUAUUCCAAGUUUUCAUCAUCCCUUGUCUGUCAAACAGAACAUGAAAAACAAACUAAAACCUUAGACAAACUAGCAGAUUCUGAAGUAAGUGGCAGUCUGCACCCACGGGUACAGAUGGCAGUCGAUGCAACAGGUUAUGAAGACCAUAAAAAAACUUAAAGCAGACAUAACCUGUUCAUAUUGUGAUUCAUGUUUGGAAUCAGUAAUUGCAGAAAAUAACUGUGACUGACUUUGAAUGAGUUGGUAUGAAUUUUAAAAGACUACUGCUCUGAAAUUCUAACCUAAUAUCUGAACUACGGGACUGGUAUUUCAUGCACCAAACUGAUUACCCCACCUGUUCAAACACGGCAAUCUAAAUCUCUGCACAGUAAAUGUGAACAAACAUGGUUUUCCUACAAGAAAUAGGUGUCAAGAUUUAUACAAUGGACGUACAUUAAGACAUGAAGAAAGACUCUCAGGCUACAAGCUGUCAGGUGACUGAACAAAGUUAAAUUAACUAGUCACGUACAUCAAUCAAAAAAAUGUAUCUUGAUGGUUCGAAAAUAGUUGUGGAAUCAAAUCCUCUAUCUGCAUUUCCAAGUAUGUUACACUACACAGAAGAAAUUGCCUCAACUUAUAAUUCGAAGCCAUUAUAAAAAACAUGCAAGGAAUAAUGGUAGUGCUUUCUUAUGUAAUUAUUUUUGCGGUAAUACUGUAGUUGACUUUAAAUUACUGUCAUAACUAUGUAAUUUAUAUUUGUAUAAGUAUUCUACUUGUGCUAUGACAUGUUCUACAACCUUAGCCUUGGCCCAUGAAGGCUCUAUGGAAUGUAAAUAAAUUCUAUUCCAUUCAAUGCACAGAA